UGGUCAAAGGCUCUUGGACAGGAGAUUGAGUGGAGGCCAUCAGAACUCAUUCCCACAUACGACGGCGUAUAAACACUUCGUCUUACAUAGCAGCCACUGAUACAGAUCGUUUACAGUGGUGCAGCAGCAAUAAUGGCAGCGUAUAUGAGCAUGGGAGAAGCCCACCGUCGAAUCGCCGAGUACCUAAACCGAUUCUACGACGCCGUUUCAUCUCAGGACGGAAAAUCUCUUAGCCGCCUUUUCUCCAUCUCCUCCGACUCUUCUCUUCAAUUCCUUGCCGACGCCCUCAACACCUUCCAGGAUGCUAACAGAAUUAUUAGACAAUCUGAGAGCUCUCAGUAUGCAGACAUUAUAGUCCCUGUAUUCCGUGCUUUGCAAAGUUAUCGACUAAGAAAUUUGGUCGAGUCUUACCUGGCCUUUGAAAAAGCUGCCAAUGCUUUUGUUCAGGAAUUCCGAAAUUGGGAAUCAGCUUGGGCUUUGGAAGCCUUAUGUGUGAUUGCAUAUGAAAUUAGGAUUCUUGCUGAGCGGGCCGAUAAAGAGUUGGCUUCAAUAGGGAAAUCCCCAGAGAAAUUGAAAGGUGCUGGCUCUUUCCUCAUGAAAGUGUUUGGCGUUCUUGCUGGAAAAGGACCAAAACGCGUUGGAGCUUUAUAUGUAACGUGCCAGCUAUUUAAAAUUUAUUUCAAGCUCGGCACUGUCCACCUAUGUCGCAGUGUGAUAAGAAGCAUUGAAACAGCUAGGAUUUUUGACUUUGAGGAGUUUCCUGCCAGGGAUAAGGUCACCUACAUGUAUUACACUGGUCGUUUGGAGGUGUAUAAUGAGAACUUUCCAGCUGCUGACCAUAAAUUAUCUUACGCAUUAACUCAUUGCAGUCCUCUGAAAGAAGCAAAUAUAAGGAUGAUUCUGAAAUAUCUGAUACCUGUGAAGCUCUCAAUAGGCAUCUUACCAUGGAAUUCACUUCUUGACAAGUUUAACUUAACUGAGUACAACAAUGUUGUGCUUGCUCUUAAAAGAGGCGAUCUGCGACUUCUAAGACAUGCCCUUGAAGAACAUGAAGACAGGUUCUUAAGAUCUGGUGUGUAUCUUGUCCUGGAGAAGUUAGAGCUCCAAGUUUACCAACGACUGAUAAAGAAAAUAUACCUCAUCCAGAAACAGAAAGAUCCAAAUAAAGCUCACCAGAUCAAGUUAGAUGUUAUUGUCAAGGCAUUAAAAUGGCUUGAGAUGGAUAUGGAUGUUGACGAGGUAGAGUGCAUAGUUUCGAUUCUAAUAUACAAGAAUCUGAUGAAGGGGUAUUUUGCUCACAAGAGUAAAGUGGUUGUUCUAAGCAAGCAAGAUCCUUUCCCCAGACUAAAUGGAAAACCUGUCACUUCAUAGAGAUUAUAGUGCAUUUCAAAUUGAUUCCCAAGGGGUGUUGUCAAAGAAAAUGUCAACCAGAAGUGUACAAUAAGCAUAAUUCAAGGUAACACUGACAUAAUAGGAGUGCCUUCUCUCGAGUAUGAAGAUGUAACAUAAGUAAUGACUUUCUUAGCUUCUUGAUUUAUGGUCUUAAUUGAUCUGGAAAAAAGCAUCAAUUUAUGGGGGUAAUGUUGCAGCCUCUGCUAGCGCUCUACAUUGUCAUCAACAAAUAGAUUUUAUAAAUUCACUUUGUUUGAUAAUUUAUUCCCUUUC